CUCCUGGUGGAACGCGAUGCACCUGUGCCGGCGGCCCGGCGCCCACGGCGCACCCGGUGGCCGGUGGCGAAGCAGAACACGAUGAAAACGCCCUGGAACUCGAGCCUCAGCAGCCCUCAGGCACGGAGAAACGCCAGAUGCGUCAGGGCACGAAUCCUAAAGCGUAUCCAAGCCGUGCAGUUUGUGGGGGGCACAGCUGCACUGACCUGGAGGCUCCUCUCAUCUCACGAGUCACAGACACACUUGGCCGGCCCUCUCUACCUCUGCAAUACCAACGCUGUCGACCCCAAGCGCCGCCGCCGCCAGCGCCCGACCCCAGGACCCAACACCGCGCCGCCGCGACGCUCGACUUCAGCGCCGCGCCGCCCACGGCCGCUGUGUGGCGCCACUCCAGGUCCAGCGCCGCGCCCCCCAGCCGCUGCGGCGCUGCGUCCGCAGCUCCCGGCUCGGCGGCGCCUCUUCGUUGAUGGAUUGUUCCACCCGGUUCCUCAUCGGAAACCCGUCGCCGGCUGCCUCCCACUUUUCCGGCGAGAGGCGGAGUCCAGCGGACAGGGUAUUUCUCCGGACCAUGGCGUCGGCGGCCCCGGUGGAGGAGCCCACGGCGGCAGCCAGAGCGAAGGGGCGGCCGACCGGUGACUCCUUCAUCCGGCGCCACCUCAGGACCCUCGCCCCGUAUCAGCCCAUCCUUCCUUUCGAGGUGUUAUCAGCUCGGCUUGGGCGUAGACCAGAGGACAUAAUCAAGUUGGAUGCAAAUGAGAAUCCAUAUGGUCCACCCCCGGAGGUCGCUGCAGCGUUAGGUAGCCUCAAGUUUCCCUAUGUGUACCCUGAUCCUGAAAGCCGCCACUUGCGUGCUGCUCUUGCUGAAGAUUCUGGACUUGAAUCUGAGUACAUACUUGCUGGAUGUGGUGCAGAUGAGCUAAUUGAUUUAAUUAUGAGAUGUGUGCUCGAACCAGGUGACAAAAUUGUUGAUUGCCCUCCAACAUUCACAAUGUAUGAGUUUGAUGCUUCAGUCAAUGGUGCACUUGUUAUCAAGGUUCCAAGACUGCCUGAUUUUUCCCUAGACGUUGAUCGUAUUGUCGAAGUUGUUGAACAGGAAAAGCCAAAAUGCAUAUUCCUGACAUCCCCAAAUAAUCCAGACGGCAGUGUAAUAAACGAUGAGGAUCUUUUAAAGAUACUGGAUCUUCCGAUACUUGUAGUGCUGGAUGAAGCUUAUAUUGAGUUUUCAAUCCUAAAGUCAAAGAUGGCAUGGGUUAAGAAGCAUGAUAAUUUGAUUAUUCUCCGAACAUUUAGCAAACGAGCAGGUUUGGCUGGUCUUCGUGUGGGUUAUGGUGCAUUUCCUCUGAGCAUUAUUGAGUAUUUGUGGCGGGCCAAGCAGCCGUACAAUGUUUCUGUGGCUGCAGAAGUUUCAGCAUGUGCAGCAUUGCAGAAUCCAACCUAUUUGGAGAAUGUGAAAAAUUUACUGGUACAAGAGAGGGAGAGGUUGUUUAAUCUUCUCGAAGGAAUACCAUUCCUGAAACCGUUUCCCAGUCAUUCUAACUUCAUUCUCUGUGAGGUCACAUCAGGAAAGGAUGCAAAGAAAAUAAAGGAAGACCUUGCAAAGAUGGGAGUGAUGAUCCGCCACUAUGACAAGAAGGAACUGAAAGGGUAUAUCCGUAUCUCAGUUGGGAAACCUGAGCACACUGAUGCAUUAAUGAAAGGCCUGAAUGCACUUCAAUUGUGAGCUUUUGCACACCAUCACAUUAAUGUAAACAUUGGAGUACUUAGAUAUGUAUCUGUCAGGUUGAAUGCAGUCUAUAACAGGAGAUUGCAUCAUUCCAACGACUGUGAAGCUCAAACAGACAAACAGACAAGGGUCAACUGGGUUUCACUAUCCUUUUGUUUAACAAGUUGAAGUCUGGUUUUUUUAUUCAGCGACAUAACAGCUAUUCUCAAGAUUAUCGUGUUCAGAAGAAGUGCAGCAGUUGAA